AGUAAUAAUUCAGUACGGCGCGUGACCGCUUGGCGGAUGGACGUGUGUCGAUUUACGAAUCCGAACACGAUUCCGCGAUCGAGUAGCUAUAAGUUUAUAUUUUCGAAAAUCGAACGCCAACGUCGUCUAUGAAUUAUCAAAUGUGCCUAGUGUUAGACUUGUAAUACAAAGUAAUUUUCGCAGUGUUUUAGCUCUGUUGACUCGAUCAAAACGAAUGGCAUUGCAGACGUGAGAAACCUAAAAAGCAUUCAUCGUACUGAAAAUUGUGUGAAUUAAAUAAGAAUUGUACGUGAAUGUUUUCAACGAUUGGAAAGCCAAUUUGAGUAUGUGUCAAAACUUCGAAGUUAGUGAACAGUGAACUAGACACUAUCUGUUUGUCGUGCCGCUGCGUGCCCGUGACGGUGCCGUGACGUUGUCGUGUCGCCGCAGACACGUGAGGGUCCUGUCGUGAUAGGUGCAUCGGUGCGUCGCCAAUGCGCCGGCGGCGGUUGCAGGAUGUCGCCGCCGCGGGCGCUGCUUGCGGCUCUGCUGAUAUGUCAACUGCUGUCCUACGGUGGCCACCAAGGACUCACCAAGAUAUUUUACACGUUACCUGACACGGGGCAGCCUCCUGUGCUCAUCUCGCUAGCAGAUAACGCCAAACUGGAUUUAAGGAACCCCGACGAGCUGCUUUACGUCAACGACUCGGACGAGCACAACGACACCAAGACGUACUCCGUCAGGGGCGGCGACGAGCCAGAGGAAGACGACGAGAAGACAGAAGAAGAAGAGAAAGAGAACACCGAGCCCCGGCUUGUCGUCAAAGCAAAACCCGUUCACGAGACCAGACUUAUAGAAGAUGCAUUUCCAUCGACCACUGCCGAGCCAGAGGUCGCAGAAUCUCAACCCGACGAACAGAAGGAGCCAGAAAUAGAGAACAUUCCGGUGAAGCCAGAGACGCCGCAGGAGGACAUACCCUCCUUUUCGGAGUGGGCACAGAAACAACUCGCCGAAGCCGAGAAAAAAGACACAGUACUGAAUCACUCGAGUCAACCUAGUCAUAGUAAUACGAAUUUUAGUAGUAAAAGCACAAAAUUGCGAUCGAAAAAUUACGCGUCUCUGGCGUGCGGCGCCAAGAUCGUGGCCGUCAACCCGGAGGCGGGCUCAGCCAGCUCCAUACUGUCCCCGAACAGGGACGAGUACAUGCUCAACACCUGCAACAGCCGCAUCUGGUUCGUGGUCGAACUGUGCGAGGCGGUGCAGGCGCAGAAAAUAGAAAUAGCCAACUUUGAGUUGUUCUCUUCUACGCCUAAAGACAUAGCCGUGUAUUUCAGCGAUCGUUUCCCGACUCGAGACUGGGCCAGUGUCGGCCAGUUCACUGCUCAAGACAUGCGAGAUGUCCAAAGUUUUGAUUUAUUUCCACAUUUGUUUGGAAAAUUUAUUAAAGUUGAAAUGCUAUCGCAUCACGGUUCGGAGCACUACUGCCCCAUUUCCUUGUUCAAAGUGUACGGAACGUCAGAAUUUGAAGUGUUGGAAAAAGAGAAUUCCCAGCACGCUGCUCACAUAGAUGAAGAUGAAGACGAUGAAAUAAUAGACGUGCCCGACAUCCCGGCAGUAGAGACGGAGCCCUCGAAGAAUCUGUUCGGCUCCGCGCGAGACGCCGUCAUGUCCAUCAUGAAGAAAGCGGCGCAAGCGUUAGUCAAAACGGAAGUUCCUAAGAACGUGUCGUGCGAACACAACGACACGUCUAUAGACAAAGUGUACAAACGGUGUUGCUCUCCCAGCCAUAUUAUUGUAUGUGAUAACUGCAGUGAGACGCUAUACAAUGAAGUGUACGAACUCAUUAGCUGUAGCUCGGACAAGUUAGUUAGUUUAGUGCGUCAAGUGUUCCUCCGCGAGACGUUGAAGUGCACCGGCAUCUGCCAACAGUUCGGUUUAGAUUUUAAAAGUACAAAGACAAUAGAGUUUAGUGAUGAACGUGUCGCUUAUAUGAACGCCUUAUUCCCGCAAAAGUAUUUAGCCGCCUUGUGUAAUAUUUUAGCUAUUAAAGAGAAAAAAGUCGUUUUAAACACCAGUUUCGAAACUGAAACCAAUGUUACCACAAACAUAACUAUCGACGAAUCACCGCAGACCGUGACGGGCGAGACUAAUGCCGAACAAGAAAUAAAACUCGCGCCCGAUAAGGCGAACGGAUCUGACGAUAAAAUUAAUGAAACUGUUCAAUCGGAAGACAAACCACUCAUAGACAUGAUCGGGGAGGGCAGUACAAUUUCUGUAGAAAUGCCAAAGGAAGAGGGAGAUAGUGGUGACGAGAAAAAAGAAGACACGCCUGUAUCUGACGAGAAAUUAGUUCAAGAACAACCAGAGAUCACACCGGAUGUACCCAAAUCAGUAGAAACGAACGUUGAACAAGAAAAAGAUGGCGCUUCAAAGACCGAAAUCAAGAAUGGCAAGCCAGACAUUGCGGAGAGACCUAAAGAGAAUGGUGGUGAUGAAGUAACCGAUCAGAUAAUGAUAGAUAACGACAGCUUCAUGUCUGAAUUGGACCAGAUGGCGGUGGACCCGGUCCCGGCGGGGGCAGGGGUGCAGCCUUCGCAGAAUCAGAACCAACAACAGAGCACAUUGCAGAAGGAGUCCGUGUUCUUGCGGCUAUCUAAUAGAGUAAAGACACUAGAACGAAACAUGUCUCUGUCGGGACAAUAUUUGGAAGAGCUGAGCAGGCGAUACAAGAAACAAGUGGAGGAAAUGCAAAAGACAUUCGAGAAAACGGUGCAGCAGAUGUCGGAGGAAAGGAAAAAGAGCAACGAGCGGGAACAGAAGUAUCUGGAGCAGAUGACGAUCCUGCAGGAGCAAAUGGGACAGAUGGCGGCCGCGAUACAAACUCUCAUGGACGAGAGGGACAGCUGGUUUGGCAACAUUAACUUCUUCAAAUUUGUCGUGUUCCAAAUGGUCAUUGUGGCGGCCAUAUUCUAUUACAUCACAAAGAGACGGAGAAUCGAGCCAAUCAUGGUGCCUGUACCCAAAAAGACAAGGAAAAAACAAGACAAGUUUAGAAGAAAAUCAGUUGAAGGCGUAAGUGGUCACGCGACGCCCUCGGCCAAGAAAAGAAGGCCCAGCGAGGAAGCCUUGCAGAUAGCGAGGCAAUCUGCGGAGGAACACAGAGAGGACGAUGAGGGUGAGUGGCAAGUCGCCAGAAAGAACAGGAGAAGAAAGACGUCAGUGAUACACAGAGCUGCGGAGACGGAACAAAAAGACUGGUCGAGACAAGACAGUAUUGUAAAACUGCAAGACAAUCCCAUACCGUUGGACGAAGAGGAAUAUAUAGCUCCCGUGUCAGAGCCGAAAGAGUUCAUUGAGACGGAAAUAAUCGAGCCGCCGAGGGCAGAACUGCCGAAAACGAACGGGUCCUUCUUCAACAAUUUGAAAACGAAGACUAUGAAGACGAGGAGAUUGUCUUCGCCGGCGUUUUUGAGGACCCUGAGCAGACAGAGCAGUCGGAGCACGCCCAGUCCCGUCGUCAGGAAUAUUGAGCCGCUUUUCAACGGGAAGUUGGGCAAGAAGGCCGCUUCAGAGUCGCCUACUGGCAGCCUGUGGUCAGAGUCGACGGAAAUCUCCCAAAACGGACAACAGGACAGCGACAGCGGCGGCGGCAAGAAGAAGAAAAGUCUCAAGAAUAUAUUGAAAAAAGUGUUUUGAGGACAAUCGUUUAGUGUUAAAAAUAUUUCCUAAUCGCUUACUGACUAAGCGCGUUGCUAUUGUAAUUUAUUUCAUUGCGAAUAUUAAUUGUACUGUUUAAAUUAUUGUAUAAAUGAUAUUGUUGUUUAUGUGUAGACCUCAUAGGUGCCAAUUGUGAUAAAAUAGGGAGCCUAAUGUUUGUUGUAUGAUUUGAUUUAGUUUGCUUGUUAGUGUGCGUGUAUGUGUGGAGGACAAUAACGAAGCGGCAGCGAGUGCUAGUCUCGACGAGUGUUCGGUAACAAAGAAACGGCAUUAAAUGCAUUCGUAUUA